AAUUAAAACAGAAUUCGCUUAGAUCUUUCGAUCGUUCGACUAAAUUCGAGUUUUUGAGCUAGAGCUGCAUUCAGGAAGGGACUCGAGAAUGGACCACAUGGAGUACAAUCGUCGUGAUUCUCAGGCAGGAGGAUUGGGAAUGGGUGGUGGCGAUGCGGAUAACAGUGCCCUGAUGCGUCGCACCACCACACCACAUGGACCUCAGGUGGUGCGUCACCGGCGAAGCGAAUCGCUGGUGGUGGAGCACAGCUCCCAGAUGACCUUCGAAUCUGGCCAGGAUGAGGGGGACAGUCCGACUAGCAGUUGCCAGGAAUCAGAGGUGGAGAUGGGCCCUUCAACCUCCGCCUCCUCCACAUCGCCGGGCAAGCCACCAGAUCAUGGCAAACCCAAUCAAUUGGUGCGCUUUUGCCUACGCCUGGCCUACAAUUCCUUUUACUAUCCCUACGAAAUGGCCAAGGUGCUCAUCCAACUGGGCCACGAACCCAUCCAGGCCAGGCCCUUCCAUCUGCCCCUGCUGCACCGUCGGCCACGCCUCUUCCUGCCCGGUGUCCACCAGUAUGUCCUGCACAUCCAGCGGAUGGAUGGCUAUUUGGGGAUGUAUCGUGGUCUGACCGCUCGCCUGGCCGCCAGCACAGUGGACUAUUUGCUGGGUGAUCUGGUGCUGGCCUUCCUGCACUUUCAUCCCUACAAACGGGCUCCCCGGGAAGAGCCAAGCCUCAAGGAGUUCUGGUGGAAUUUCGCCAGGGAUAGUCUACGUUUGGCCACCGCAGUGGUGCUGACCCAACCCUUUUACGUGGUAAUGGUGCGCCAGAUAGCCCAGUUUGUGGGUAAGGAGAGAAUCUAUGAGGGAGUCCUCGCCAGCCUGAUGACCCUGAUAAAGCAGGAGGGAUAUGCUGGACUCUUUGCUGGCAUCUUGCCCCGUCUCCUGGGCGAAUGGAGCGUCCUGACCAUCACCAGUUUACUAACUCACCUGUGCCUUCGCCUCAUCCCGAUGAGCCGUAACCAGCAGCAAUACAACUCGGUGAUUAUCCAAAUGGUGGCCAGCCUCCUGGUGUAUCCCAUGGAGGUGACCUCCGCCUGCAUGGCCGGAACCGGAGCACCACUGGCUGCCUGCGAGCCACCGAGGAUGCCGCUCUACAACCACUGGGCCGACUGCCUCACCGAUCUCUACGCCCGCGGGGGGCACAACCGGGGGGCCAUUCUCUUCUGGCGCACGGUGCCCAGGAUUCAGUUGCUCCGCCAUCAGGAUGGUCAUGUGGUGAGAUCGGGUUAGUGAUCAACGGAAGAAUGGUAAAGGCACAGCUGAAGAAUGGAGAGAAGCCCAGAGGUGAGAAGAUUGUGUGUUUUGUGAGUUUUGGUGCCCAUAGUGGCGAAGAAAAGAAGGGAAGAGAAUAGGGGAGAUUUGAAGAAAAAUGGUGUGAGGAAUCGAGGGAGGAAAGUGAAGAUUCAUAACAAAAUAUGAAGAUAAGAAACUAUUAAGGGAUUCAAGAAAGCAUGUAGUACAACCAUCUGAAAAUGAGAGUAGAAAGCGCGGAAUUGAUAGUUCGAGGUGUUCCAUCAGAAAAUAUAAACUGAACAGACUUAAUAACAAAGAAAACAGAAGAAAGCAAAAACAACAUACAGAAAAGAAAAUGUAGAGAGAAGAAACUGGAGAUUUACGAAACGGAAAGGCUUAGAAAACAAAUUGAAAAACAGAAUUGUGAAGACAACAAAUAGAAAUUGGAUAUUGAAGAUUAUGUAUAUUGAAGAAUGUGACAAGUGAAGACAACGAGCAAUAAUUGGAGGGAAAAGAAAGUUAAGAAGAUGGCAAGUGAAGGUGGAGAGAAAAUAAGUGGAGAAUGGAGAGGCGGAGACUGGAAAAUGGAGAGCAGACCGGACAGCAACAGCAGGCGAAUAUCGUUGAUCAUUAAUCAUGCAAUGUUCCAUGACGACACUUUCGAUAUUGGGUCGAAAGAAAAUUUUUCGUUUUUAUGAUGUGAUUUGGAAUGCUGUACGUAAUAAAU